UGCUGACGCCGCUCCUCCGCCAUCUUCAACUUCCUAUUGUUUGCAUCAGACAGAGAGAGGCUCUGCGCCGUGUGCGAGACCAGGAUCCGUCGCGGGUUUAUUAAUAAUCUGUAGAUACAAUUCUUACAUCCGCGGCCGCUCAAGUUUAGUCACUUUGUAUGUCAUUGGACUAAAGACCUCUCAGGACUCCACCGCUUAAUCUUCACGAUGGACGACGAACAGCCCAGAACCUUAUAUGUGGGAAAUCUGUCCAGGGAUGUCACCGAGCCCCUCAUUCUACAGGUCUUCACACAGAUAGGACCCUGUAAAAGCUGUAAAAUGAUAAACGAUACGGCUGGGAAUGAUCCAUAUUGCUUUGUGGAGUUCUACGACCACAGACACGCUGCUGCCUCACUGGCUGCCAUGAAUGGAAGGAAAAUAUUGGGUAAGGAGGUCAAAGUCAACUGGGCAACGACACCAUCAAGCCAGAAAAAAGACACAAGUAAUCAUUUUCAUGUGUUUGUUGGCGACCUCAGUCCAGAAAUAACCACAGAAGAUGUCAAAGCUGCCUUUGCUCCAUUUGGGAGGAUAUCAGAUGCUCGUGUUGUGAAAGAUAUGGCUACAGGGAAAUCUAAAGGCUAUGGCUUCGUGUCUUUCUUCAAUAAAUGGGAUGCAGAGAAUGCCAUUCAGCACAUGGGGGGGCAGUGGUUAGGUGGCAGACAGAUUCGAACUAACUGGGCCACAAGGAAGCCUCCCGCCCCGAAGACCACCUAUGAAACUAACUCCAAGCAUCUGUCGUUUGAAGAAGUAAUGAGUCAGUCCAGCCCCAGUAACUGCACUGUGUAUUGUGGAGGAGUGAGCACGGGACUCACAGAGCAACUGAUGAGACAAACCUUCUCUCCUUUUGGACAAAUCAUGGAAGUCAGAGUUUUUCCAGACAAAGGCUAUUCAUUUGUGAGGUUUAACUCCCACGAGUCGGCAGCCCAUGCCAUUGUGUCCGUGAAUGGCUCUUCAAUAGAGGGACACGUAGUCAAGUGCUACUGGGGCAAAGAGACACCGGACAUGAUGAACCCCAUGCAGCAGAUGUCUGUCCCUCAGCAAAGCAAGAUCGGCUUUUCUGCUGCCCAGCCCUAUGGCCAGUGGGGCCAGUGGUAUGGCAAUGGGCCCCAGAUCAGCCAGUAUGUCCCAAACGGGUGGCAGGUCCCCACCUAUGGUGUCUACAGCCAGGCCUGGAACCAGCAGGGCUUUAAUCACUUACCGGCCAGUGCUGGGUGGACUGGCAUGAGCGCCAUCAGUAACGGUGGGGUUAUGGAGCCUACACAGGGAUUGAAUGGAAGUAUGCUAGCCAACCAGCCCGGUAUGGGAGCUACAGGAUACCCCACGCACUGAUAAGUGGCCAGGGUGGGAGAUAUGUCAGGAAACGCUGGCCUGCGGGCUCUGUUAAAUACCGCCUCAGUUUGUGGCAGGACUAAGACUUUUUUUCCAGGAUGUGGAACCUUAUGAGAAGGUUGACAUCUGUGAAAUGUAAAUGGAAUUUCAUGUGGGCUUGAGAAAACGGGAGCCAUGGAGCAGUGAUUUGACCCACACAGGUAUCUACGCCCCUUUUUGGUAGGAAGACUGGCUAUGACCCAGGGUUCUUGCUGUUUUUAAGUUAACUGUAAAUGAGUAUAAAACUGUAAAGGAGAAACUUUUGGAUUAUUUUUUUUUUCUGGGUUUUACGAUUUGCUUCCAUUUCCAUGUCUUUCCUCUCCAACAACCACUGAGAGGGUCUGUUUUUUUUUUUUUUUAAGAACCGAGUAAGUUGUGAGCUCUUAAUUAUUUGAGAAAUGGAAAUGUUGUUUCCCCCUUAUAAUUUUCUUAAAUUUGUUUUGAAAUAAAACUAAUUGCAGGGAUUGUUACCACUGCUGUUUUCUCUGUAAUGGCAGAUAAAUAUUGCACAAAUUUUUCUCUUUUACUCGCCAGACAAAUUUGGCUACCGGGAGUGUUUCCUUUUAGCAUUCCAUCUCUCCUUCAUGUCUUCUCGACAGCCUCAAACCUUGUUCGUCACAUGUAAAUAACCAUCCAUUCAUCCCUUCAUUUGAAACGAUGUAAGUAAAAUGCUACUGUUAACUGUGGGUGCUUGCUUCGAGUUUUGUUUGGAUAAUUUAACAGUUAACUCUGACAUUGUACGUAGCAGAGUGACAACCGUGACACUGGUACAGUGGACACACAAAUCUUCCUUGCAGGGAAAGUACAGCAUUGCCAUGCAGUGCAUAUUUAAAUUCAACACAAUUUAAAUGGUAACGGGUGGAUAUGUAUGUUUGAAACCAAUUUUUUUUAAAUUCUCUAUUGAAACCAGUGAUUUUAUAUCAAACAUCGGAGUGGAUUCAACCUUUCCACUUGCUCUUUUUGCCAGUGAAAUGGGGAGGCCUACAUUGUAACUGUUGCCUUAUAGAGCUGGUUUCUUUUAGCUGAUAAAAUCCUCUUUAUAAUUAGGCAGUGCCUACGGACAUUUUCAACCCCUUUUUGUUGAGAAAGGUGUUAGCCCUGUGACCUGAUGACUCUGCUACUGUAAUCAAUGUUUUCUUGCUUUGUUCAAUUAAAAUGCUAAU